AUGGAUAACAACGCUGCAAAUUCGGAGAAAUCUCACCUGAUACACGAGAAGAAUGCCAAAAUGUAUUCCUUAAAACUACAAAGCUCCUUUCCAGACUCCAAAGAGCAGUAUCCCGACUUUCCUUUUAAGAAUGGAGGGAUGGCCGGCGCCAUCGAGCUGAAGCGACCCGUCGGCGCCCACUGCCACGGUACUGCCAAAGCCUUGGUGUGCGAGGACAGUGGGGACAAGCUGCUGGCCAAGAAGAAACUCUACAUCGCCUCGGCCGUCUGCCUCGUCUUCAUGAUUGGCGAGGUUAUAGGAGGCUACCUGGCUCACAGCCUGGCCAUCAUGACUGAUGCCGCCCACCUCCUGACAGACUUUGGCAGUAUGAUGGUGAGCCUGUUCUCCCUGUGGAUCUCCUCCAGACCGCCCACCAAAACCAUGAACUUUGGCUGGCACAGAUCAGAGAUCCUCGGGGCAUUCAUCUCGGUCAUGUCCAUCUGGAUCGUUACGGGGGCUCUGGUCUAUUUAGCCAUCGAAAGGAUCGUACGCAACGACUAUGAGAUUGAUGGCCAUGUAAUGUUAGUCACCUCCGGCUGUGCCGUCAUCGUCAAUAUUAUCAUGGCCUACAUCCUCCAUCACUCCACCACCUUCCACGCUCACGGCAGCGGUUACCACCACAUUGACGAGGACGGUCAGAGUCCCGUCGCUCACGGCCACGCCCACACGCUCCUCAGCGGCCACGGCAACACGAGCGUCCGCGCCGCCUUCAUCCACGUGGUCGGAGACCUGCUGCAGAGUGUCGGCGUCAUGGUGGCAGCGACCAUCAUCUACUUUCGGCCUGAGUACAAAGUUGCAGAUCCCAUCUGUACGUUCCUGUUUUCUGUCUUCGUCCUCUGCACCACCAUCACCAUCCUCAGAGAUGUCUUCAGGAUACUCAUGGAAGGGUCUCCUAAAGGAAUAGAGUUUAACUCGGUGAAGGAGGUGCUGCUGUCUGUGAAAGCCGUGAAGUCCAUGCACUGUCUGCACCUCUGGGCUCUGACGCUGGGCCAGGCGCUGGUCUCUGUUCACCUGGCCAUAGAGGAGGGUGCUGACCCCCAGUCUGUGCUGCACGAGGCCACCGAUCUGCUCCACACCAAGUUUGGUUUCUACAGCGUCACCAUCCAGGUAGAGCUCUACUCCGAAGACAUGAGCCACUGCUCCCACUGCCAGGACCCCAGUGAGUGA